GCCAAGAAGUAUGAGCUGAUUAAGAAGCUAAGCAAAAGGGGAACCUCUGCCUUCCAGAAUCCCACUCUUGUUGGUCAGUCCACCUGGCCACGUCCGAGCCAAUGGCCUCCCUCCCUUUUCCGUCGCCGGUGUAUAAGGCUAAUCCCCGAGCUGGAUUUUAGCUCGUCUCAGCUCGCUGCACUUUUGCCACGCUGUUUGGGGUGCGUAGCUCGAGCAUGGCCACUCCAUAAGAGUGCUGAAACUCAUCUGCUCGUCCACGGGGGCCAAUCUAAAAAUAACGCCGCCCCUCCGGGCUGGGCAGUCGGAUAUCGGGUUCUAGCUGAGUUAGCUGUCCAGGAGACGGCAGCAGUGGUACUCGGUAGUUUGGGGCAAGAAAGAGCAAAAAACGAAUUUCUGCAGCUCUCCUCGGUUCCUGCAUGACGCGCAGGAAUGGGGGACCUGAAGGAGGACCUGAAGAUGAUGGCUGAUGAAGGAGACACGAAACAGCCAUUGGCCGGUAGGAACGGCAAGAAGUCUGAGCAUGCCCAGAAGAGCUCGUUCUUCACCUGGUUCCUGGUGCUGGCCAUGCUGGGCGCCUGGACAUCCGUCGCCGUAGUGUGGCUCGAGAUUGUGGACUACAAGGAUGUGCUGGGACACCUUGCAGCAUAUGAUGUUGAUGGAGAUGGUGAAUUUGAUGUGGAAGACGCAAAGAUUCUGCUAGGAUUGAAAGACAAGGCUGUUGUGGUGUCAAGCGAUGCAGGACAAGUGGACGAGCCAGCAGCCCGAAUGGGAGAAGAAGCUGAGCCAGAACUGAUACUAGAUGUGGAACCCGUUGUGGAAGAGGAGGUCCAGUUGAAUGUGGCAGAAGAGAAGACUGCAUCAGAGCCCAGUCUUUUGGAGGAGCCAGAGGUUGAGGAAGAAGUAGAUGCAUCAGAGCCAGUUCUGGAAAUAGAGGAAGAGGAAGUAGAGGCCAUGACUAUAGAUGACACCGUGGGCGAAGAGACCCUACGUACGGGAGCUGAGAAUGAUCUUCUGGAAGAAACAACUGAUCCUGUGGAGGAGGAAUCAGAGAAAGGUGAUGCACCUGAGGAGGAAAAUGAACAAGAAUACUCUGGACCUUUGGAGGAGGGAAUACAGGAAGAUGACACAGCAGUUGAACAGGAAUUCACAGAAGAACCUAUUCAAGAAGAUGACGCAGUGCUUGAACUGGAGGUUGAGGAAGAACCUGUAAUGGUAGAGGAGGAAGGGGCAGCAGUUGCGCAGCAGGUUGAAGGUGAAUAUGUUGCUGUGCAAGAAAUUGUUUCAGCUAUAGAUGACCAAAUGCAGGAAGAGGAGGAAUUUGCAACUGGAGUAGAAGUAGCACAAGGAGAGGACAUACCUGUAGAGGAGGUACAGGAAGAGGGAAUACAUUUAGAAGAGGAAAUACAGCACUGGAAGCAACAAGCACUGGAAGAAUCUGAGGUUGUAGAGGAAGAAAUACAGGAAGAAGCUGUACCUAUAGAGGUGGAAACACGGGAAGAAAGCAAAGAGGAGGAAACACAAGCAGAAACUGUGUCUUUAGAAGAGGAAUUACAAGAAGAGCUUGUACCUCAAGAGGCAGAAGUACAGAAAGAGAUGGUACAGCAAGAUGCUUCACCUAUAGAGGAAGAGUCUGCACUUGUAGAAGAUGAAAUGCAGGAUGAGAUUGCACCUGUAGAAGAAGUAGUACAGGAUGAGGCUGUACUUGAGGAAGACUUUGCAGCUGUAGAAGAGGAAGUAUGGGAUGAGGCUGUACUUGAUGAGGAAGAGUUUGCAGCUGUAGAAGAGGAAGUACAGGAUGAGGCUGUACUUGAUGAGGAAGAGCUUGCAGCUGUAGAAGAGGAAGUACAGGAUGAGGCUGUACUUGAUGAGGAAGAGUUUGCAGGUGUAGAAGAGGAAGUACAGGAUGAGACUGUACCUGAAGAGGAAGAGCUUGCAGCUGUAGAAGAGGAAGUACGGGAUGAGGCUGUACUUGAUGAGGAAGAGUUUGCAGCUGUAGAAGAGGAAGUACAGGAUGAGGCUGUACUUGAUGAGGAAGACUUUGCAGCUGUAGAAGAGGAAGUACGGGAUGAUUCUGUACCUGUAGAGGAAGACUUUGCAGCUGUAGAAGAGGAAGUACAGGAUGAUGCUGUACCUGUAGAGGAAGAUCUUCCAGCUGUAGAAGAGGAAGUACAGGAUGAUGCUGUACCUGUAGAGGAAGAUCUUCCAGCUGUAGAAGAGGAAGUACGGGAUGAAGCUAUACCUGAAGAGGAAGAUCUUCCAGCUGUAGAAGAGGAAGUACAGGAUGAGGCUGUACCUGAAGAGGAAGACUUUGCAGCUGUAGAAGAAGAAGUACGGGAUGAUGCUGUACCUGUAGAGGAAGAUCUUCCAGCUGUAGAAGAGGAAGUAUGGGAUGAGGCUGUACCUGAAGAGGAAGAUUUUGCAGCUGUAGAAGAGGAAGUACGGGAUGAUGCUGUACCUGAAGAGGAAGAUCUUCCAGCUGUAGAAGAGGAAGUACAGGAUGAGACUGUACCUGAAGAGGAAGAUUUUGCACCUACAGAAGAAGAAGUACAGAAUGAGGCCAUACCUGUAGAGGAAGAGCUUGCAGCUGUAGGAGAGGAAAUGCAGCAAGAUGCUGCACCUGUAGAAGAGGAAAUACAUGAUGAGGCCUCACAUUUGGAGGAAGAAAUGCUGGAAGAAGUUGUAGAGAAAGAAGUACAGGGAGUGAGUGCACCUUUUGAAGAGGGUGAAGAUGAGUUUAUACCUCAAGAGGGAGAAGAUGAGAUGGUACAGGAAGAGGCUGUACCUGUAGAAGACGAAAUACAGGAAGAGGCCACACUGGCAGAGGAAGAGCCUUCACCUGUAGAAGAUGAAAAACCAGAAGCCGAGGAGGCUGCACCUGUAGAGGAAGAGACUGCACCUGUAGAGGAAGAGGCUGCAGCUGUAGAGGAAGGAAAAGAGGAGGCCAGAAAUGUAGCAGAAGUACAGGAAGAGGCCACACCUGUACAGAAAAUGGUGCAAGAAGAUAAUGUACAUAUAAAUAAAGAAGCACAUGAGGAGGUAACAGAUGAAUACUUCCCUCGUGAAGAAGUUCCUGGAGUGGAAUUCCAUAAAGACAUGCCAACAGACACGUAAAGCUUUGAGGCCCAGAGAAAUCUGAUGCUUUGGGCUGGGGGGAGACAAAAUUCAGUUGAAAAUGAGGCUCCCACAAUACAACGAUCUCUCUCUGGACCCAGGAGUCUGCAUGUGAAUAUCACUUUAAUUGUUUGUCAGAUUUGACUUGAUUUUGCUUUAUUUCCAUCAGUUUUCCUUUUCCAGUGGUGUGGGAAAUAUAAUAAUUUUCUUAAUUUUGGUAGUAUAUUUUUGAAAGUGACUUCUGUCCUCGCCCAUUCCAUUUCAGUUUUGUUGAGUUCCAGUUGGACUGUUAGAUGCACAAUUUUUUUCUAUAAGGUUAAACUCCAGGUUAAACGCAGUCUGUAUAUGCCCAGUUGUGCAUGUUGAUCUUAAGUGGCACAUUGAAGUGUCGCGGGGUGAUGAUGUCACAGGAGAGCUGUGCAUUGGAUGUACAAAUGUGAAGGUAUUAUGCAAAUGCUGCACUGAUUUCUCACAGUGAAAUAUCCUCCACUGAAGUGUUUUAUUACCAGUAUGUAUUGAGUCUCCUCGUCUUAUAACAUGUAAAAUAUCAUGUAUUCUGGCAGGUUAAUUCAUGACAAUCGUUAGGCUGGGCACUUGCUCGGUGAGAGUGGGGUGCGUUGCUGACUGUGUGUGUGAUUCAUUCGAUCAUUGUCACAUCUAGUUUAAGGUCGAACAUGAGGUUGCAUCUCUGUUUUAAAGAUGUUUUUUUCUUCUGAAAGCUGCACAAUAAUACUACAGAAGAUAGUUGUCUAUUGAGUCUGAGCCUCAAAAAGAUGACUCAAAUUAAAGAGACUCAAAAAGAUGACUCAAAUUAAAGAGACUCAAAAAGAUGACUCAAAUUAAAGAGACUCAAAAAGAUGACUCAAAUUAAAGAGACUCAAAAAGAUGACUCAAAUUAAGAAUUAUAGGUAAACUACUAUUGUCAGAAAGUUCCUGACAUUCUUUUUAAUUCCCUGUGACUAUAUAUCUCAUCCUAUGUGUACAAUCUGGGGCAGGUGAUCAGUCCUGCCCCUGUUUAAAAUGCAGUUCUUAGCUGGCAGGAGUGCCUGUGCACUGCUUUCAGGUAGGACCCAAGAGAGGUGCCCUGGGUGCUGCCUGUGUGUGAGUGUGGUUCAAGACGUGAACCACCCCUUUUGGGGAUUUGCUACAUCUAUUUAUCAGAAAUAAAUCAAACUUGAACAUAAUCUUUGUGGUUUUUUUCUCUAGGUAUAUAAAUUGUAAAGUGAGUUUACAGCCAGCAACAUUGCUAACCAUUGUGAAUGAUCACUCCUUUGUCCUGAUGUGGGACUUAGAUGGAUUUUGUUAGUCAGGUACAGCCAGUGUGGCUUAACUACGAACCUGACGCUUGUGAAGGAAUCCCAGUCUUGCGUUAGUGUAUCCCACUGGGCCCACUGUCUGUUUGCUGGGCUUGUCUGCUGCUUUGUUUCCGCCCUGUUUCUGUGGAUAUUGUAAUCUGGGGCCCUGCCAGAAUAAAUUGUAGUCAUGUGACAGGAAGUACUGACAUGCAGCUCUGUUCUGAUUGGUGGAGGCCAAGGGCCUUAUUUUGAUUUACGUAUGAGGAUGUGUUAGGUUUAAUUUUUUUUUUCUUUAUGCCUUACGAUGUCAUGUUUACUAUUUGUUAUUUGGCUGUGAAGUUUGUUGUGUGCUUUACAAUUAGGAUUUUACUGUAUGCAUUUGCUCCGGAGUUUUGAAACAUUUCUAGAUAUUUAAAGUUUAUUCCCCCCCUCCCGCCCCCACAAGUUUUAUAUAUAUAUGGGAUUCAGGCAUGAUGUUUAUAUGCAAUAUCACUUCCAGGGAAAGAUGUUGAACAACUAGCAAAAAAAACACUAAAGAAUAAUUCUUACUACAGUUCAUAUUUGAACAGAGGUUUACAAAAUCAGCAUAUUUCGUCAGUGGUUUACAUAGUUCUGCUGUAGAAGUGUUACUUUAAAUUAUUCUGUGUGUGCAUUGGAGGUUUCCCUGUCUUUCAGCUCCAAUAAAGGUUUUCAACAAAUUA